GCCAAGAUUUGGAACGACCCCCCUGGCCAUGCUGGCCGCGACCUGCAACAAGAUCGGCAACACCAGCCCCCUGACGACGCUGCCGGAGUCCAGCGCCUUCGCCAAGGGGGGCUUCCACCCCUGGAAGCGCUCCACUUCCAGCUGUAACCUCGGCUCCAGCCUCUCGGGCUUCGCGGUGGCCACGGGCAGCCGGGGCUCGGGCGGACUGGCCGGCGGCUCGGGCGCCGCCAACAGCGCCUUCUGCUUGGCUUCCACUUCGCCCACGUCGUCCGCCUUCAGCAGCGACUACGGGGGCCUCUUCUCCAACUCGGCGGCGGCGGCGGCGGCGGCGGCCGGAGUGUCCCCCCAGGAGGCGGGGGGCCAGUCGGCCUUCAUCUCCAAGGUGCACACGUCGGCGGCGGACAGCUUGUACCCGCGCGUGGGCAUGGCGCACCCCUACGAGUCCUGGUACAAGUCCGGCUUCCACUCCACGCUGGCGGCCGGCGAGGUGGCCAACGGGGCGGCCUCCUCGUGGUGGGACGUGCACACCAACCCGGGCUCGUGGCUGGAGGUGCAGAACCCGGCGGGGGGGCUGCAGAGCUCGCUGCACUCGGGCGCCCCCCAGGCCUCGCUGCACUCGCAGCUGGGCACCUACAACCCCGACUUCAGCUCCCUCACGCACUCGGCCUUCAGCUCCACGGGCCUCGGCUCCUCGGCCGCCGCCGCCUCGCACCUGCUCUCCACCAGCCAGCACCUGCUGACCCAGGAGGGCUUCAAGCCCGUGCUGCCCUCCUACACGGACUCCAGCGCCGCCGUGGCGGCCGCCGCCAGCGCCAUGAUCAGCGGCGCCGCGGCCGCCGCCGCCGGGGGGAGCUCGGCGCGCUCCGCCCGCCGCUACUCGGGCCGGGCCACCUGCGAUUGCCCCAACUGCCAGGAGGCGGAGCGGCUGGGGCCCGCCGGAGCGAGCCUGCGGCGCAAGGGCUUGCACAGCUGCCACAUCCCCGGCUGCGGCAAGGUGUACGGCAAGACGUCGCACCUGAAGGCGCACCUGCGCUGGCACACGGGCGAGCGGCCCUUCGUCUGCAACUGGCUCUUCUGCGGCAAGAGGUUCACGCGCUCGGACGAGCUGCAACGGCACCUGCGGACUCACACGGGCGAGAAGCGCUUCGCCUGCCCGGUGUGCAACAAGCGCUUCAUGCGCAGCGACCACCUGAGCAAACACAUUAAAACGCACAACGGGGGCGGCGGGGGCAAAAAGGGCAGCGACAGUGACACGGACGCGAGCAACCUGGAGACGCCCCGCUCCGAGUCCCCCGACCUCAUCCUGCACGACUCCGGGGUGAGCGCGGCCCGGGCCGCGGCGGCGGCGGCGGCGGCGGCGGCGGCUGCGGCGGCCGCUUCGGCGGGAGGCAAGGAAUCCGCUGCGGGGCCCAACGACUCUUAGAGGGGGUGAGACUGAGGCGAGCGAGCGAGCGAGAGAGACAGACGCGGAGCAAGCGAGAGAUGCAGAGAGCAGGAGCGAGCGCGAGAGAGGUCCCUCUCCUCUCCCCCAGCCCUCCUCUGCUCCCGCCUUUGGAGGAGAAGGAGCCGCGGGGAGCUCCGGAGCCCGAGUUUGGAGCGCGAGGCGCGACUCUCCCCGCUCCGGGCGAAUCUCUCCCCUCUUGACUGCGGCGGAGACUUGAACGCCACGCUUGGUCCAGGGACCGCUGAUAACAAUCCCCGACAAAGUCAAAAGAGGUUUUUUGUUUUUGUUUUUUGGGUUGGUUUGUUUGGU